GUAUUUAAGGGAGCUUGUGCCGACCUAUGGACGAUUUGUCCUUCCAAGCCUGAGAUCGGGUUUCUCACACAAUUGCUCAUAUGAAUUUGCAGGUGUUGUCCUCUCACCCACAACAGUGAACAAAACAUCAAUUACUCCCCCAGAAGAAGAGAGAGAGAGAGAGAGAGGACAAAAGAAGAGGGAGGGCACCCCCCCCCCCCAAAAAAAAAAAUUCAUGGCACGUACAGGAGAAAUUCGCAUUCGGGAGGCUAGUCUCGACGAUGUAGACACCGUCACAGACGUCCUGAUCGCCGCCAUGCCCGAGGACAAAGACUGGUGGGACUACCGCUUCCAUGGCCGCCUCGAGCACCCUGACGACCACAGGAAGUUCUUCCGCAUCCUCGUGCAGGCGUGGAUCUCGCCCGACAACGAGGACUGCACUGUUCUCAUCGCGGAGGUGUACGAAGAGGCGGCUGGCGCGUGGCAGGCUGGCGGAUAUGCGGCGUGGAACGUGGCAUACGUGAACUUGAGGAAACAUGGAAAAGAGUAUCAAUCGCCCAAUAUUGCCGCAAUCCUCAAUGCCGCCGGCGCCGAGACACGGCGUGAUGCCAACGCAGCGCGCUCUGCCUCGCAUGCGCGUGCUGCCGACGAGGGACACGCCAGGUACCUCGACCCCGUGUAUGGGAUAGACCAGAUCUACCUCCAGGCGCUGGGCACACAUCCGUCCUUCACGCGCCGCGGGGUUGCGCGGGGGCUCGUCCGGUGGGGGAUGGACCGUGCCGUGCGCGACGGGGUGGUGGCCGUGCUGCAGGCGGCACCCAUGGCGAGGGCCGUGUACCCGCGCUUUGGAUUCGAGGAGCUGGGGAUGGUCACUGCGCAGGUGGAAGGGGAAGAGGAGAAGACAUUCUUGUGGCCUAUGGUGUGGGAUCCCAAGAAGCAGGCUCCAGCGCAAGGAUAAAGAUGAAAGGAUUUACACUGCUUUGUUGGGCCUGUGGUGCUGGCCAUGUAUAUUCAUCUGCACAUACAUAUCAUCACAAAUCUAUGGGUCUGACGGAUC